AUGGCGCACUUCUGCGAGUGUCCUCUGCGAUUGGAGAAGAGCUUCAUCUUGGAUGGAGUGGCCGUGAGCACCAUGGCCCGCACCUAUGAGCACUUGAGGCCCAAGCUCUGGUCAGCGAUUCCGCCUUACAACGCUCAGCAGGACUGCCACGCCCGCCGUUACUUCAAGAGCCACGUGGUUCCGCCCAUUUUGCGGAAAACUGAUCAGGAUCAUGGCGGUACAGGAAGGGACGGCUGGAUAGUGGAUUAUUUCCACAUCUUCGGACAAGGACAGAGAUACCUCAACAGGAGAAACUGGGCAGGGGCAGGGCAUUCCCUUCAGCAGGUGACCGGCCAUGACCACUACAAUGCUGAUGUGAAAAUGAACAGGGGGUUCAAUGGUCGUUUUGGCUAUCGCAGGAAUACCCCAGCCCUCCGCCAGCGCCCGUCUGUUUUUGGAGAGGUCACCCAAUUCCCUCUCUUCUAAUAGCAGCUGUCCCUUCACAUCCCUCGACCUCAAGUUCUAUGACAGAUGUUUAGAUGAACUCUCGAUGUUAUUUUAUAUUAAAA